CCCAACGGCCGCAAAAUGUUCUCAUGCUGUCGAGCCAAUACCAAAGUAAGCAAAAAGGACAAGGGCAGCAAAGUCGAAGAAGAGAAUGAAGAGGUGCUAGUGCCAGUGCCAGUGCCAGAACCAGUGUCACCCAACCCAACGAACGAAAAGGAGGAGCCACCCCAGCUGAAUGGCACUGCAGCCAAGCUUGAAAGUGAACCCGAGCCGGAGCUAAAGCUAAUGCCAGUGCCAGAGCCACAGGCAGAACCAGAGCCAGUCUCUGUGGAGGCGGACGACAGUGUCGCCCAACCAAUGUCAAACGAUGAAGUUGCCAAAUCCGAUACUGUCAUUGUAGACGUGUUAGCUGCACCAGUGACCACUGAAAAAGAGACAGCAAGUCUUCCAUCUCCCGUGCUGCAAUCUUCGCUUCGCUCAACACAUUCGUCGACCUCUACGGCCCCACCCGCAUCAAUGACGAGCGCCGGUGUGGAGGAUGAGGAUGAUGUGGUUGUGGCAACGGUUACACCGACAACGCCGCCACCACAGCCACCGCCCACAAAGAGCUGCCUGUCGCGCCACAAUUCCACACAUCAAUCCAUCAAGAAGAAGGUGAACAUCAGCAAUCGGGCGGAGAUAAUUGAGCCGGAGCCGGAGCUGCCACCGCUCGGCAUGCACAAUCACAAUAACAACAAUGGCUCGCUGGCCGACGACGAUGAGGUGUUCUCGGACUCGUUGCCACCGCCCAAACGGGAGAGCAUGUGUGCGCCAUAUAUUGAGGGAGAUCUGGUCUCCGAAACGCUGGCCUUUGCCCACGGUCUGCCCGUGUGGUUCGAAGACGAGCGACUCAAUGAGAUGGGCUGCAUUGAGCCACCGGUGACGCCAGUGGGACGCGAUGAGCUGGAACUGAAGCGGCAACGCCUGUAUACGGAGCUACUGCGAGCGGCACACGCAGCCGUCGAGCACAGCGUGGCCGUGCGGGAAAACGAACCCGACGCUAAGCCAUCGGCUGCUGGACAUUUGGAAAGCAUUUGUGAACGCUUGGAGAGUCUAGUUGAUCGCUUGGAGCGUACCUUGAUCGCGCCACCGACGCAGUCACAGGCCCAGCCGGAAUCGAUUGAAUUGCCCCCGCCACCAUCACCGCCACCGCCACCACCACUAGAAGCUGAAGAAGCUGCUAACCCAGAAGACGUUCUAGCCGAAGUACCGCCAAGCAGCAUCAUGAGUGUCGCGGGAUUCGAGGACAUCGUUGCGGGUCCGCUGAGCAAAUACCUGACUCUCUCCGCUAAAAUUGGCGGCGAUGUGGCCCAGCAUGCCGAACUCGUGAGAAGCGUUUUUGCCCUGCAGCAGCAGUAUGUGACACUGGCCACGCAGAUUGCUCAGCCGGCGCAGCCAAAGCAAGCGGAAUUGCUGAAGCCCACGUCGACGCAGAUCAGCGCCAUUCAGGACUAUCGCGAGAAGCAUCGCACGUCGCCGUUCUUCAAUCAUCUGUCCGCCAUUAGCGAGAGCAUUCCCGCCCUCGGUUGGGUGUGCGUUGAGAAGACGCCCGGACCGUAUGUCAAGGAGAUGAACGAUGCCGGCCAAUUCUACACGAAUCGUGUGCUGAAGGAGUGGAAGGAGAAGGACAGCACGCAUGUGGAAUGGGCACGUUCCUGGGUGCAGACUCUCGCCGAGCUGCAGGCCUACAUCAAGCAGUAUCACACCACGGGUCUGGUGUGGUCCGGCAAGGGUGCGGCACCGUCUGGCGGUGCACCACCUCCGCCACCACCCGGCGGUCUGCCACCACCACCACCUCCAUUGGACUUGAGCGCCCUGAAGCUGGAGAGCGGCGGCGAUGAUCGUAAUGCGCUGUUUGCCCAAAUCAAUCAAGGCGCUGACAUUACCAAGAACCUAAAGAAGGUCACUGGGGAUAUGCAGACCCACAAGAAUCCCUCAUUGCGCACUGGACCGGCACCAUUCAAGACGCCCGCUAAGUCGGGCUCAUCGGCUGCACCCGCAGCACCUGCCGUUGCCAAGGAACCCGUCUUCACACGCGAUGGCAAGAAGUGGCUGAUCGAAUACCAGAAGAACAACACUGGCCUGCUGGUGGACAAUGCUGAGAUGAACAAUGUGGUCUAUGUGUUCCGCUGCGAGGGCUCCACGCUGACGGUCAAGGGCAAAGUGAACAACAUUGUGCUGGACUCGUGCAAGAAGUGCUCGCUGCUGUUCGAUUCGGUGGUGGCCUCCGUUGAGUUUGUCAACUGUCAGAGCGUCCAAAUGCAGGUGCUCGGCUUUGUGCCAACAAUUUCCAUUGACAAGAGCGAUGGAUGCCAAAUGUAUUUGUCCAAGGAAUCUUUGGGCGUGGAGAUUGUUAGCUCCAAGUCUUCCGAGAUGAAUAUACUCUUGCCCGAUGCAAGCGGUGAUUAUACCGAACUGGCUGUUCCAGAACAGUAUAAGACCACCAUUGCUGGCAAGACCCUCAAGACUGUGUGCGUGGACAGCCUCGGCUAAUGUGUGUGCGUGUGUUGGGUAUUCAGCCAUCCGUUGCUUUUCCAGCUAUCAUCAACAGCAUUGGCCAGACACGUCAAUCAUUAUGUGUAUCUAAUAUUAAGCGCAAAAAGUUUUCGUAAUUCAGAAAUUGUAAGAACCC